AUGGUCCCAAAUGAAGACCAUCAGUAUACUGGGAUUAUUAAACUGCUUCUUCAUUUUGGAUGGACAUGGAUUGGGAUUUUCUCUGUAGAGGAUAACAGUGGAGAACAUUUCUUGCAGGCCCUGGAGCCACAGCUAAAUCAGAAUGGAAUCUGUUUAGCCUUCACAGAAAGAAUCCCUCAACAAUCGCAGCUGCACGGUAUGAAGGAAUUUAAUGCUAUAAUCUCAAGGGUUUAUCAACCAUUCGCAGACAGCAGAGCUCAUGCAAUUGUCAUCUAUGGAGAAACUAUGCUCAUUAUAUCACUGCACACGUAUCUAUUUUUUGGAGAUCCUGGAUAUAAAGAUGACCCGUCUUUCGGAAAGGUAUGGAUUAUGACAGCCCAGAUUGAUUUAGCAUUGACAACUCUCCAAAAAGGCUGGGAUGUGCAGUUCUUCCAAGGUGCCAUUUCCUUCACAAUUCAUUCGAAGGACCUUCGAGGAUUCCAGACGUUUCUUCACCUCAUCAAACCUUCCUGGACACAAGGGGAUGACUUUCUGAAAGACUUCUGGGAGCAAGCAUUUGACUGUUCAUUUCCAUAUUCCCCAGAACAAAUGGACGAAAUAUGUAGUGGGGAGGAAAAACUUGAGAGCCUUCCUGGACCUCUUUUCGAAAUGCAGAUGACUGGCCACAGCUACCAUAUCUAUAAUGCUGUCUAUGCCAUAGCGCAUGCUAUGAAUGCCAUGUACUCAUCUAAAUUCAAACCGAGAGCCAUAAUAAGGCACAAAGAUCAGGAUUUUCACCCUUGGAAGCUUCACCCAUUUCUUCAAGGCAUUUCAUUGAACACCUCAGAUGGUGGGACAAUAUAUUUCAAUAAAAAUAAGGAAAUGGUGGGUGGAUUUGACAUUAUGAACUUGGUCACCUUCCCCAACAAAUCCUUCCUUAGAGUGAAAGUUGGCAGGGUAGAUGAAGGACAAGAAUUCAUCAUAAAUGAGGAUAUAAUUGUGUGGCACAGAACUUUUAACCAGGGGCUGCCCAUUUCUCGGUGUAAUAACUACUGUCUCCCUGGUUAUCGGAAGAAAAAGAAGGAAGGAGAGAAAUUUUGCUGCUAUGAUUGUUUUCAAUGUCCAGAAGGCAAGAUCUCAAGCCAGAAAGAUAUGGAAGACUGUAUGAAAUGUCCAGAAGAUCAGUACCCAAGCAAGGAGCGAGACCUCUGCAUUCCCAAGAUGAUGAGUUUUCUGUCUCAUGAAGAACCUUUAGGGAUCAGUUUGGCCUCGGUUGCCGUUUCUUUUUCUCUGAUCACAGCCUUUGUAUUAGGGAUUUUCAUUAAGUACAAAGACACUGCCAUAGUUAAAGCCAACAACCGGGAGAUCACCUACACUCUCCUCAUCUCCCUCAUGCUCUGCUUCCUCUGCCCAUUGCUCUUCCUCGGACAACCUAAGAAGGUGACUUGCUUUCUCCGUCAAUCUGCUUUCGGCAUCAUUUUCUCACUGGCCAUUUCUUGUGUGUUAGCCAAAACUAUUACUGUGAUCAUUGCUUUCAUGGCCACCCAGCCAGGUUCCAGAAAGAGGAAGUGGGUGGGGAAAAGAUUAGCCAAUUCAGUUGUUCUUGCCGGCUCCUUUAUCCAAGUAGGCAUUUGUAUGGUGUGGCUAGGAACCUCUCCCCCAUUCCCAGAUUUCGACACCUGGUCACUGAAUGAAGAAAUCAUUGCAGAAUGUAAUGAAGGCUCUCUCAUCAUGUUUUACAUUGUCCUGGGUUACAUGGGUCUUCUGUCCAUCAUAAGCUUGAUCACAGCUUUCCUAGUCAGGAAGUUCCCAGACACCUUUAACGAAGCCAAAUUUAUCACCUUCAGCAUGUUGGUCUUUUGUAAUGUUUGGUUAUGUUUUGUUCCAACCUACCUGAGCACCAAAGGGAAAUACAUGGUAGCUGUAGAGAUCUUCUCCAUCUUGGCCUCCAGUGCUGGUUUACUAGUUUGUAUCUUUCUCCCAAAAUGCUACAUUAUUGUGCUGAUACUUGAGCUGAACAAUAGGGAUCACCUAAUGAAUAGAAAGCAUGGCAGAAUCUAA